CCAGGAGUUGGGAACCAGGAGCUUUUCUCAGGUGACCCCACUCCCUGUGGGAGUGGCCCUCGAGGCCAGGCCACGGGCCUUGGUGACCCGGAGCUUUUCCGAGGAGUCACCAGUGCCUGUGGCAGUGGCCCUUGAGGCCAUUUUCUAAGACUUUACCACCAGGGGCUUUUCCAAUCCAUCAGCAGCCCCUGUGGCAGUGGCCCUUGAGGCCAUUUUUGAGACUUUGCCACCAGGGGCUGUUCCUACCCAUCCCCAGUCCCUGUGGCAGGAGCCCCGCAGGCCAUUGUGUCACCCUUGGCCUCCAGGGGUUUUUCCGAGGUUUCUCUCCCGCAGGUGCCCUCGAGACCAGACUGUGCCAUGGCGGGGGGAUGCUUCGGCCUGUGCCCGCUGCUCCGGAGGAACAGGAACAACAGGAGAGGCCCUGGAGCUGGCCCAGCACAGGAAGAGGAGGAGGAGGAGGUGCAGCACUUCCAGCCACUGCAGCAGGAUCCAGGCCGGGACCGCCCAGAAGAGCAGGACCGCGCCCGUGGCCGCUUCCGCAGGGCAGUUCAGAGGUUGCUGAGAUUCGUGGGAGUUCGGCGCAGAACAGCCACGACCGCACCGCCCGAGCUCACGGCACAGCCUGACACCAGCGCAGCCGAGCUCGAGGCGGAGCCUGAUGGCAGCACUGCACCGAGAGACUGUGCAGCCAGCGGUGACAUGGAACCGGUUGAUGGCACAGCAACCUCAGACACGGCAGUGAUUGAUGGGACAGACACCACCGACAUGGCAGCAACCGAUUUUGCAGCCAACUGUGACGUGGCACUGGUUGAUAGCACGGCAACCUGUGACAUGGCACCAUUCGAUGGCACAGCCACCUCUGCCAUCGCACCAAUGGAUGGCACAGACAGCUCUGACACGGCACAGGCCGAGGGCAUAGAAACUUCUGACCUGGCACCGAUGGAUGGCACAGCCACCUGUGACACCGCGCUGACCGACACCGACACAAGCUCUGACACGGCACCAACUGCUGUCAGGGCUGACGCCACGACUGAGGGCAUCGCAGACACUGACUGCACGCCCAUGCAGAGUGUGGUACAGCCUGACACCAGCGUAGCCGAGCUCGAGGCAGAGCCUGAUGUCAGCAUUGCACCAAUAGAUUGUGCAGCCAGUGGUGACGUGGCAUCCAUGGAUUGUGCAGCCAGCAGUGACAUGGAACCAAUAGAUUGUGUAGCCAGCGGUGACAUGCCGCUGACUGAUGGCACAGCAACCUCAGAGAUGGCAGCAACUUAUGGCACAGAGACCACCGACAUGGCAGCAAUCAAUUGUGCAGCCAACUGUGCUGUGGCACUGGUUGACAGCACAACAACCUGUGACAUGGCACCAUUCGAUGGCACAGCCACCUCUGCCACGGCACCAAUGGAUGGCACAGACAGCUCUGACAUGGCACAGACCGAGGGCAUAGAAACUUCUGACAUGGCACCGAUGGAUGGUACAGUCACCUCUGCCAUGGCCCCAGUGGAUGGCACAGCCACCUCUGACACGGCACAGACUGAGGGCAUAGAAACCUCUGACACAGCACCGAUGGAUGGCACAGAAACCUCUGACACGGCAGCAGUUGAGGACACACAAAUUUUUGACCUGGCACCGAUGGAUGGCACAGAUACCUGUGACACCGCGCUGACUGACACCGAGAGAAGCUCUGACACGGCACCAACUGAUGUCGGGGCUGACGACACGACUGAGGGCAUCGCAGACACUGACUGCACGCCCACGCAGAGUAGCCCCCCAGGGGUCUUGUGGUCCCCGGAGCCUUUGAGGCCAGCAGAGUGUGGUGGGAAGGGAAGCCCUUCCCACACCAAGCUGGGCAACCUGCUGGCUCUGGCAGCUCUCCAAGUGUCCCCCACUCCCCUCCAGGUGCCGGCCAGCGUCAGCCCCAUCCACCAGUGGCUCACGUGCCGGGAGUCUGCAGAGGUCAGGCCGCCCACUGCCAUCCGCAGGCUGGCCCAGGCACACCCUGGGCAGGUGGUGACGACUCUCCUGCGCUGUGCCCCAGCGUGUGACAGAGCUGCUGCAAUCCUGUGGAGGACCAUCGCCUCCUCAGCCACCACAGUGCACAAGGUGCUGCCAACACUGCUGGGGGUGAUGGAGGACUGGCCACUGCACAGCGUGUCCACCUCCAACGGGGACCACGAGGACGUCUUUGCCCUGGCUGCAACCCUGGCCCUGUGGCUGAUGGUCCAGGAGCCCCAGUGCCAAGAUCCACUCUUGGUUCAUGCCCCUCGUCUCCUCCUGGCUCUGCUCUGUCAAGUUUCUAUGUGCACAGAGGAGAUACCACAGGAGGUCAGCACCUUCUGGAGGGGAGUCCAGGAGCAACACGGCCUUCCCACCCAGCCCAACAGCUUUGUGGUCCAGACCAUCCAGGCCCUGCUCUGGCGGCUGCAGUGGGACCAGGAGCUGGUGUCAGUGGAGCGCAAGCGUGGCUGGGACGCGCUGCUCUCUGCUGACACCCACCACUACGCAGUGGGGCUGCUGGCCAGGGAGAUGCGGCGCGUGUUGGUCCCCUCCUAUGGCCCACUGGCAAGGCACCUGCUGGGGCUGCUCAGCAGGGAGGGGCCCCGCUGGGAGCUGCCUGCCCUGGCCUUCCUUGUCGAGGUCCUCGACUAUCUGGACGUCAGCACCGGCCACGACAGUGUCCUGCGGAUCCUGGCAAGGCACCUGCAGAGCCAGUGCCCAGAGAGGCGGCGCCUGGCUCUGCGAGGGCUCCUGGUGCUCAGCGUGGAUCCCUCCAUGGCCAAAGGAAUCUGCAGCCUGUCUGAGCAUCUCCUGGAGCUGCUGCGUGAUGGAGAUGGAGAGCUGGUCGGGAUGACCCUCUCCCUGUUCCGGAAUGUGCUCCAGGAUGAGGAAGACAGUGCAGAAUUCAGCUCCACUGCCCUGAGGCUGGUUGAGGUGCUCCGGCCAGUCUUUGACAAUGACAACAGCCACGUGCAGCUGCUGUCCAUUCGCCUCUUCCGAGAGGUGAUGGAGUUGCUGGCGGAAGAGGGAACAGAGCCCUGGGAGGUGCAGGUGCGCCAGAGCCUGGUCCCACUGUUCUUCCGCUGGCAGGACGAGAACCAGCGCGUGGCAGAGGCCGCUCGGGAAGCGCUGCUCUGGGCUGCAAGCUUCCUCCACAGGAAGGACCUGGAGCAGCUGCUGAAGACGGAGCAGCCCUUCAGGUUCUGUGACUGCCUGAUGGAAAAGGACGUGAGCGGAAGGGGCCAGCACCUGCACCAGGCCCUGCCCUACCUGCAGAGCCCACAGGAGCCCCUGCGAGAGGCGGCCGUCAGGUUCAUGGGGGUCGCCGGCUGGCACAUGAGGGAGGAGCAGCAAGACCUGUGGCCCAUCCUCAAGGCCCUUGCAGCCAUGAGCGAGGACGACUGCCCCUCCACAUCCAGCAUGAGAGCUGCAUUCAUGGCCACUUACAGCCGUGCCAUCAGAACUCCACCUGCCCCGCUGAGACGACCAAUGUCCCUGCAACAGCCCCCCACCACAGCCCAGGGACCACUCCUCAGCGCGGCUGCAGCUGCAGCUGAUGCUGGGCCCAACUGAGCCAGCCCGCAAGGCCAGGUAGCUCCUGGCCUCUGCAGCCCCAGGGACGGCUCCCUCCCUUCCAUUCCCUUCUCUUCACCCCACUUCAUCCCUCCCCUUCCCCUGACCUUAAUAAACAUUCACUUUCUCCCCUUUAUCUGUGUCUUGGUGCAACUGAAAGGGCACAAACCCUCAGCCCUGCAGCUCACGGGCCCACUUCUGCCUUUCUUUUGCCCCUUGUGCCGUGGGCACACACCCCCAGGGACACGGGAGCUCAUUAUUCUGAACCC